AUUCUUUAAUGGCAAAGUAACGGUCAGAUCUGUGUCCGUUGAACGGUUGGAUCGGUAAGGCGUAGAGAAACUCCGGUAGGCUCUAACACAGACAAACUUUACUUGCAUUAGGUUUUACAAGGGGUAAAACUGUACUCUCGGAGACAAGGAGCCGAUUUGCUUAAGCGUUGAUCCCGCCUGUGAUGCAAAAUUUGAAUUUUUGUUUCACACGUGUGAGAGAGCCUUCUCUCGCACGUGCCAGGGCCGUCGGAUUUGUUUCCUCAUUAUAAUCCCGCUCAGGAGACGACCUUCAAAGAUUGCCCAGAUCGUCACUCUCCCCAAGAAAAGCUCUCUUCUCUCUCUCUCUCUCUCUCUCUCUCUCAUUGUCUCUCUACACAGUCGAAGAGACCGUUUUGGAGUUCCUCAACAGCUUUAUUGAAGAUUCAAAGCGACGUUAUCAGAAUGCCAGAAGCAAGAGACCGAAUCGAGAGGCCUGUGGAUUACCCGGCUAUAUUUGUCAACAGACGCAGUAACGGUGUGUUACUUGACGAGCCAGAUUCACGGCUUAGUUUAAUUGAAUCUCCGGUGAAUCCAGAAACUGGGUCAAUGGGACGAGGAUCUUUGGUUGGAACAGGCGGGCUUGUGAGAGGCAAUUUCAGUACAUGGAGGCCUGGUAAUGGUAGAGGUGGUCACAGUCCAUUUAGAUUGUCACAGGGAAGAGAGAAUAAUAUGCCCAUGGUGUCUGCUAGGCGUGGAAGAGGUCCUAGUUUGUUGCCUUCUUGGUAUCCUAGAACACCUCUACGUGAUAUAACUCAUAUUAUGCGGACUAUUGAGAGAAGAAGAGGAGCUGGGAUUGGAGGAGACGAUGGCCGAGAUAUUGAGAUCCCAACUCAUCAACAAGUUGGUGUUCUUGAAUCUCCAGUACCACUGUCAGGAGAACACAAAUGCUCAAUUGUGACUCCUGGUCCAUCUGUGGGAUUCAAGCGUAGUUGCCCACCAUCAACUGCUAAAGUCCAUAAGAUGUUGCUUGACAUCACUAAAGAGAUAGCUGAGGAAGAAGCAGGCUUCAUCACACCCGAGAAGAAGCUACUCAAUUCUAUUGACAAAGUUGAGAAAAUUGUGAUGGCGGAGAUCCAGAAAUUGAAGAGCACUCCUCAUGCUAAAAGGGAAGAGCGGGAGAAGAGGGUACGGACUUUAAUGUCAAUGCGAUGAUCCACAUUUUGGAGGAGAGACGAGAGAGGUAUCUGCAUAAAGGUGCCUGCACAGUGAGUACAUCAUCUUCUUAUGAUAUCACAGUGGAUCUAUAGGUCAUCUCUAAUGACAUAUCUUCACAAGUUCGGUGAUUUCUUAGACUUGUAUCAUUUGCUGAUGAUUUUACUUGAAGCGUCAAUCAUCUUUUGACGAUUUUAUAGGAUACUCGUUUUGAAAAAUCAUUGUUCUGAUGAUAGAAUAGAUCAGGAAUCAUCUGCUGAUGAUGAUAUCAUAGGAAAGGUGAAUUAUAGUUCACACAUUUCAUAUUCUGAAGUGUCUUCACUUGUAGACGAUUUUGGCUUGUAGAAGAAUUUCAUUCUUGUUGUACUUUGAAUAAUUGAGUUGUAUAUAAGUAUUGAAUUUUGGUUCUAUU